GUACAGGCUUCAUGCACGCGAGGCGCUGGGUACCAAGCUUAGUUAUUUUCCGAACAUCAUGGCGGACCCCGUGACUGAAGAACAAACCAGUGAGCAAAACGGUGGACAAGCUGCCAUUCCGCCUCCAGGAACCACAGAUAAUGAGACAACGACAUCUGCUAAACCAGGGGAAAGCAUAUUCGCAUCGAAGGGCAAAGAUGAUCCUGCGAAAAUAUUUGUUGGGGGUCUAAACAGCUGCACCACAAAUGAGAGUUUACAUGCUUACUUCUCUCAGUUCGGCGAAGUGGUGGACGUCAACGUGAAAUACACACAAGAACAAAUGGGAAAUCUGAGAGACACAAAUGAGCAAAAUGUCAGGUCCAGAGGGUUUGGCUUUGUUCUUUUUGGAAGUCCGGAAAUUGCCAAAAAGGUUUUGGCAGAGGAACACACAGUGGACGGCAAGGCAAUUGAGGUCAAGAAAGCAGUCAGGCACGGCCAACCAAGAUCCAAGAAACUCUUUGUGGGCGGCAUCCCAAACUUCAUAUCAGAGGAAAUACUCAAUGCGUACUUCGGUGCGUUUGGCGAAAUUAUUGAAACAAAGAUCAUCAUCAACCACCAAACCCAGAGGCGUCGCGGCUUCGCCUUCAUCCAAUUUGAGGAUGAGACCACGGUGGACACAAUCGCCAUAGUCAAGCACCACGAGCUGGAAAACGGUACAGAGAAAUGCCGCGUAGAGGUGAAGCCCGUCCUGCCACAGACAGACAAGUUCAGGGAAGGUGGCUUCAGAGGGCGAGGAGGGUUCAGAGGAAACGGACGGAGGGGCGGAUUUGGAGGUGGCGGUUACGGUCAACAGCAAGAGGGCUACCAAGGGGGCGGCCCUUACAACAACUAUGAAGGAUACAACCAAGGUGGGAGGGGUGGGUACAACCAGGGAGGGUACCAGCAAGGUGGGGGCAGCGGCUACUAUCAAGGCGGGUACGACCAAUCUGGAUACAACCAGCAAUACGACCAACAACAGUAUCCGGGCUACCAGGGAUACAACUAUAAUUACCAGAACUACGGCCAGAACCAGGAUGCAUCGGGCCAAUAUGCCAACGGGGCCGGUUACCAGGCCGGGUACCAGGGGGGAUAUGACACAAGCAGCUACGGGGGUGCACAGCAGCAGCAGUAUAACUACGGCUCCAACUACGGACAAGAAGCAUCCAACUACGGCAAGGCACAGACGGGCGGUAACCAGCAAAAUGCCUACCAGCCAUACUGAGGAAGUCGAGUUGAGCAAAUAAAGAUACGAUAUUUUUGACGGGAAAUCCUGGGGGCCUGAAAUUCUAGGAAGGUGGUUGUAGCUUCGAUGAUUUUGGUGAUAAUUAAUUGUACCGAGUUGCUGACCCUUUAACCUUUGUUCUCUUUUGAAACCAUGUACACGUACAUGCCUAGCGUUGCUCCCGAGUCUGACAAGAUCUGACUGAAGGAUCGUCUUCAUUUGAUGGCGUCUGCGGGAUUUGAUGGGGUUCAGGUUUUGCUGAUGUACAGAACUAACCUUGCUUCUGAGUCUGACAAGAUCUGACAAAAGAAACACAUUCAUUUGAUGGAUUCUGUAGGAUUCAAUUGGCUGUCUGAUUUUGUUGGAUUUGGCUGGCUGCACACUCUGGAUCCUGUUGAAAUAAGCACAGUCUGUGCUUUGCUGUUGUUGGGUUCUGUUGGGUAAACUCUUGGAUACUUGUUGUUUUUGUUGGAUUCAGUCUGUUCCACGCCUGUCCGUUGCUGAAUUCUGUUCGAUUCAACAGGCUUGGCCCUUACCUGUUUGAUUUUGUUUGACUCAGAAGGGUCCGUGCUCGGCUUUUGUUGGGUUCUGUUGGAUUCAACCUUGUUUAUUGGUCUGCCCUGGAAAUAAUUAGUGCUGGGAAAAUGAGAAAUACAUUGUACAUGAUGCUGGUCUUUCACAAUCGGGCAUGUGUGAUAAUACAUGUUAGGUUACAUGCAUGUUUGUACAUGGAAGAUUUCAAUUAAGAAAUGAAAAUGAGAAAUGUUCAACCCCAAAAAACAGAAUCAUACAGAAAGAGUUGUAUCAAGCAUUGGAUCCUUGUGCUGGCUUUCACAGAAUCCAGUGUUCGAUUUGGAACAUUUUAAUUUCACACUGACUUCAUAUGAUACACGUGGAUGGACAAAGAUGACACUUGCGUUAUGUCGAGUAUGUGGCAUUGCAAACUACACCCCAAAAAAAGUUUUCCACAAGACGUCUUGCCUUUUCGUGACAAAAAAAUGUAUGUUAUCACAAAUCUUGAAAGUAUUUUCUUCAGCCACUUCAUGAGAUGAGACACAAAUCACCACAUUGCACUGCAAAUAAGUAGAGUUUGACAUUCAUUUAAACCUCUUGCUUAUCCUACAGUAAUUGGGUUUUUUUUUGGGGGGGGGGCAUAUUCAGAUUGUACACGUGUCCCGAUCUGACAAUUGGUUUGCGAUAUAUUUUGAACUUGAAAAUCUUUCCUUUUUUUUCAAAAGCUCAACAACAAAAAUUCUGCCCUGUGAAAAUGUCGGAUUUUGCAGACUAAGUAAGGCCUUUUUUUUGGGGGGGGGGGAGAUAUUUCUAACUCGUUAUGGGAAAUUUCUUUUCACAUUUUUCCUUUGCUACUUGGAGCAAAGUUUCAGUGUGUGUUGCUGCAACAUUGAGAGUUAAUUAAGGAUUGGGGCAAAAAGCAACAACCACAGAAAAACAUUGAGAUGUUGUAAAUUGGUGUUAUGGAUAUUCUUAGUGUGAUCCAAGAAGAUAAUAAAAAAAAACGUGGUUAGCUGUUAGAGCUGUAGUAUUCAGAAAAUGACAACUAAAAUCACGAGAUGUGAGUUACGACCUCCAGUUUACUGUUAUUCUCCUUCGGUGUGUAAAUUGUGUUCUGUUUCAUUGAUGAGUCCCUUUAAUACGCUGAUUUGUGUGGGCGGGGCCAUACCCAACUUGUUCUCUGAUUGGUUGGUUGCAUUUUUAGUUGUCCUCACUUCAUGUAUGGACAUGAAGUGUGUCAAAGUUACCCACCCCGAAAUCUCGCGAGACUGACGCACAACGUGAAGAUGACAAGGAGCUGUACAGGAAGCACAAGUGAUUUCUCCUUUUUCAUUUUAAAGUGUACUCAUUUUUUGUGAUCUCCAAUAUUGUAGAUGUUGCUUUUAACGAUGUGAUGUUAGUCUUCUUUGAUGUCUUAUUUGUUGAAUUUUUUUAAUUAUAAAAUGGUUAAAGGGUUUAAUAAAGUGAGCAUUCCUUAUGCAGUUAAAAGUUGCCAAAGGUUUUUAAAUCUAACUUAUUUAUGUGAACUUGUUAAAGUGUUCUUUUUAUCCAGUGUAUAAAAGUCUUAAUGUGCAAGUGCGUUUUUAAAACAACUUUUCUUAAGACAAUCUUAGUUUUAAAGUGCACUGCCACUUAACGUAAAAGUCACAUGAACAGCUGCAAUUUUUCAAUAAGAAGUAUAACUUCUUUUAACGAAAUUUGAUUUUCUUUUAAGAAAAGUCUUAUUUAAAAUUUAAAAUUUGGCCGUUUUUAAAGUGCCUUAUUUUAAAGAACCACCGGGUGUUUUAAAGUUAAAUACAAAACCUGGUGCUUGUUCGAUAAAAUUCCGAUAUUUUGUAUUGUAUAUAAAAGUGGAUCUUUCAUGGAAUUCUUUUUACAAGAAAAGUUGGAGG